AUGGAUGACUUUGACCAGGAAGGCAUAAAUGAGGAACUGAUUGAGUUUGCCAUUCGAGAGAGCAUUCAAGAUGCCCACAAGCCGCCAUCUUCAUUACAGAGAAACAGUGAAGCCUUUAUGAAGAUAAUGUCAGCCAUUCACAAAGGUGACGUGUAUGCGCUCCGGGAGCUGUCAGCUUGUGUGUCUGCAUUCAGAGAGAGCGACAACAGGGGCCGGCUGCCUCUGCACGCAGCGGCUGUACAGCCACAGCGGGAGAUCCUGCAUGUGGUACUGCAGGCGAUGUCAACAUCCACAGACCUGACCCUGGAGGAGCACACGGAGGAUGGCGACACGGCUCUGACUCUGGCAGUGGAGGCCGGCCUGGUGGAAAAUGUCAGCAUGCUGCUGCAGCACACAGCUUCACCACACAACACCAACAGCAGGAACGAGUCUCCUCUGCUCAUUGCGGUGAGACAGAGCUCAUAUGAUAUGGUUUUAUCCCUCAUCAUGGGUGGGGCCUUUGUGGAGCAAGUGUGUCUCACUAAGUGGACGGCCACCCAUGAAGCUGCAAAGGUGGGUUGUCCAGCUAUUCUCAUGCUGCUGCUUCGACAUGGAGCCAAAGUGACUGCUCAAGACAGACACGGGGUGACACCUCUGGGGAUUGCAGCUGAAUAUGGCAACACUGAAGCUUUGGACAUUCUCAUACAGCAUGGUGGUGAUGUGAACGCCCAGGCCAGCAAUGGAGACACAGUCCUGUAUGAUGCAUCCGGAUCUGGAAACUUGGACUGUAUCAAGCUGCUCCUGCAGCAUGAAGCCAACCCAAAUGUGGCCAGCUAUGCCUCCGAGCUGCCCAUCCACAGAGCUGCAUAUGAAGGACACAUACUAGCCCUGAGGACUCUCAUCCCCAUCACCACAAAGAGAGCUAUCCGUCUCUCAGGCCACAGUCCUGUGCACUCAGCAGCUGACGGGGGGCAGGUUGAAUGUCUGGACCUGCUUAUACAGAAAGGAUAUGAUGUCAAUGCUCUGCUGCAUGCACAUAUCUCUGAGACCUAUGGGGACCUCAGGAAGACUCCUCUGUACUUUGCUGUUUCCAACGGCGACAUGACCUGUGCUGAGAUUUUGCUGGCAGCUGGAGCGAGAACUGACCUGGACCCGCUACGAUGCAUCCUGGUCGCUGUGCGAGCUGAGAGGUACGAGCUGGUGCAGCUGCUGCUUUCCUAUGGAGCAGAGGUGAACUGUUACUUCAGAGUGAUCAGUAACACAGCGUUCCCCACAGCCCUACAGUACUGCCUCAGGGACCAUGUCAUGAUGCGUCUGCUGCUCAACAGUGGAUAUCAAGCUUACAAGUGUUUCCAGUGUUGCCAUGGUAAUGGUGAAGAAAUGGAUAGUACCUGGACUGACCUCCAUAACCAAGCCUACCAAAUUUACUGUCAACCUGACAUCAUCACAUUCUGUGAGUUUGUGUCAGUGUCGUGGUUGGCACAUCUGGUGGGCAAUGUGGUGAGGAUGCUCCUGGACUAUGUCAGCCAUGUUGGCAUCUGUCCCAACCUUACCCGCAUCCUGGAGAGGAGGCCAGAGUGGGAUGAGAUUUCUGACAUACUGAGCAAGCCACGGUCUCUGCAGCACUUAUGUCGACUGGUAAUCAGAGGUCACAUGAGCCUCAGAACACUGAAUAACCCUGAAGCCAUGGCGGCUGUAACUUUUCCUCCAAGACUGAAGCACUACCUGACCUACAGAGAGUACGACAUCUACAGUGACCUCUCCUCUACGUGAA